GAAUCACCCACACCUUUCGGCUUAGCCACUCAGAUGCUGUCUUCUCGAGUGCUGGUGCGGCCGCAGGGGCAGAUAUGUCUCGCACGAUUGAGUACGAAGGCUGCGCCGAGACCGGCAAUCGCUCUCAGGCCAAGGAACACACUUGCCGGCGCCUUUCGAGCAACACCUUCAGGCACGAGAUGUUUGGCGACAGCGGCGCCACAAGACAUCAAGAAGCCUCCCAGUCCUGUCGAUGCCUUCACGGCAGCGAAUCCGUACUACACGCAAGAGAUGUACAGGCUGUGGAAGGAGAAUCCUUCGUCUGUUCACCCAUCGUGGGACGUCUACUUCUCGGGCAUGGACCAAGGCAUGCACUCUGAGGAAGCCUUCAAACCACCUCCCGGUCUGAUUUCCAUGCCGGCUGAUGGUGCUCCUACGCUGUCCAUGUCGGGCGGACCUCAGCUAGAGGAUCACAUGAAGGUUCAGCUCCUCGUGCGCGCCUAUCAAGUCAGAGGUCAUCAUAUUGCCAACCUCGACCCGCUCGGCAUCCUCGAUGCUGACCUGGAUAGCAAGUCACCGCCCGAACUCGAUCUGAAGCACUAUGGCUGGUCAGACAAGGACCUCGACAAGGAAUUCGCCAUUGGACCGGGUAUCAUGCCACGCUUCAAGACCGAUGGCCGCAGCAAGAUGACAUUGCGCGAGAUCGUCGAUUCACUCAAGCGAAUUUACUGCGGUCACGUGGGUAUACAGUACGUCCACUUACCGAGCCGAGAGGAAUGCGAUUGGAUCCGAGAACGUAUCGAGCUACCCCUGCCGUGGAAAUAUACCGUGGACGAGAAGCGGAUGAUUCUUGAUCGCUUGAUCUGGUCAGACUCGUUUGAGCGUUACAUCGCCUCGAAGUAUCCAAACGAAAAGCGAUUCGGUCUCGAGGGAGGCGAAUCGCUCAUCCCUGGCAUGAAGGCCCUCAUUGAUCGAUCUGUCGACGCUGGUGUACAGUCUGUCGUCAUCGGCAUGCCCCAUCGAGGCCGACUCAACGUGCUUGCAAACGUCAUCCGAAAACCUAUUGAAGCGAUCCUCAACGAAUUCAAAGGUGCCGGCGAUCCAAAUGAAGAGGGCUCCGGCGAUGUCAAAUACCAUCUGGGUGCCAACUAUGUUAGACCCACACCGUCGGGCAAGCGCGUCUCGCUCAGUCUGGUCGCCAAUCCUUCACAUCUCGAAUCGGAAGACCCCGUCGUGCUCGGCAAGACCAAAGCAAUCCAACACUUUGAUGGUAAUGAGGAUGUGUCGACUGCCAUGGGUGUCAUCCUCCACGGUGAUGCUGCCCUCGCCGGUCAGGGCGUCGUCUACGAAACCAUGGGCUUCCACGAUCUGCCCAACUACGGCACAGGAGGCACUAUCCAUAUCGUAUGCAACAACCAGAUCGGCUUCACGACCGAUCCAAGGCAAGGUCGCUCGACGCCUUACCCGUCAGACAUUGCCAAAUCAAUCGAUGCACCCAUCUUCCACGUGAACGGAGAUGAUCCAGAAGCAGUCACGUUCGUCUGUCAGCUGGCAGCAGAUUGGCGCGCGCGAUGGAAAAAGGAUGUCGUCAUCGAUCUCGUCUGCUACCGUCGACAUGGCCACAACGAGACUGAUCAGCCCAGUUUCACCCAACCAAAGAUGUAUCGCGCCAUCAGUGAACAGAAGCCCACGCUCGACAAAUACAUCAAAGUAUUGCAAGACGAAGAGUCCUUUACCGGCGAAGAGAUCAAGAAGCACAAGGAUUGGGUCUGGGGUAUGCUUGAUCAGGCUUACGAGGCCAGCAAGGACUAUGUGGCGUCCUCGAAGGAAUGGCUCUCGAGUGCUUGGGAUGGCUUCCCUUCGCCGCGCGAGCUCAAAGAGAACAACCUGGAAGCUCGACCGACGGGGGUCAAGAUUGACACGCUCAAAGAUGUCGGCAAGCAGCUGGGGUCAUGGCCGAAGGAUUUCCAGGUCCAUAAGAACCUACAGCGUAUCUUGAAGAAUCGAUCGAAAGCUGUCGAGGAGGGCAAGGGCAUCGAUUACAGCACCGCCGAAGCACUCGCUUUUGGCACAAUGUCACUUGAGAAGAUUCAUGUACGUGUGAGCGGGCAAGACGUCGAGCGAGGCACCUUCUCGCAGCGCCAUUCUGUCUUGCACGAUCAGGAGACCGACGACCUCUACGUUCCGCUCAAUCAUCUCGGUUCAGGGCAGCACAAGCUGACCAUCUGCAACUCCUCGCUGUCUGAAUUCGGCGUGCUCGGUUUCGAGCUGGGCUACUCGCUCGUCGAUCCUCACCUGCUCGUUGUCUGGGAAGCUCAAUUUGGCGACUUUGCCAACGGUGCUCAGAUCAUCAUCGACCAGUUCAUUGCUUCCGGCGAGCGCAAAUGGCUGCAGCGAUCUGGGCUGGUCAUGUCAUUGCCCCAUGGCUACGACGGCCAAGGUCCCGAGCACUCUUCUGCGCGUAUUGAACGGUUCUUGCAGCUGUGCGACGAUCAUCCCUUCAAGUAUCCGACGGAAGAGAAGAUCCAGCGGCAGCACCAGGAUGCCAAUAUGCAGCUUGUCUACCCUACUACGCCCGCCAACGUAUUCCACGCUUUGCGAAGACAAAUUCACCGCGACUUCCGAAAGCCUCUGAUUCUCUUCUUCUCAAAGUCGCUGCUGCGCCAUCCGCUCGCGCGAUCCAACAUCGAAGACAUGGCAGAGGGCACUCAAUUCCAACGAUACAUUCCCGACAGUCAUCCGGAGUCACUUGCAGAUCCCGACUCGAUCAAGCGGCACAUUCUCUGCUCUGGCCAGGUGUAUUACGCCCUCCUACAGGCACGAGAAGAACGUAAGAUCGAUAACGUCGCAAUUUCCCGAGUCGAGCAGCUAUCGCCUGUGCCCUACGAUCUACUGACACCGCACCUGGACAAAUACAAGAAUGCCGACCUGAUGUGGGCUCAGGAAGAGCCUGUCAACAAUGGCGCUUACGGCUAUCUUUCUCCCCGUCUGCACACUGCACUGAGUCAGACAGAGCAUCACAAGGGCAAGCGCGUGCUCUACGCCGGCCGUGGACCGACGAGCUCGGUCGCGACGGGCAGCAAGAAGGUCCAUCAGGCUGAAGUCAAAAAGGUACAUAGGUCUAACUGAUUCACGUCUGCUGUGACUGACACGUUCGACAGAUCCUUGAUGAUGCCUUUGACCUUGAGAGCUAGGUUUGACGAUGCUGUACGAUUGCAAGACUAUGCUG